GCAAUGUAAUUGUAAACCACAUCGCUGACCACUUCUGUACCUCUCUAAUUCUCUCUCUUUCAAAAAGCAUCAGAAUCAAAGGAAGCAGAAAUCCCUUGUUUUUCACUUUUCAGGUCUUCGAAGACCCAAAAAUCGGGGUUUUCUAGUAACCUCAAAGAGUGGGGUCUACGAUUCUUAACCUGUACCCUCUUCCAUGGCUUCUUGAGAUCCCAUUCUCUCUCUCUAUUCCCAUGCCUUCAAGAUCACCCUCUUCCCCUUCUUCUUCUUUGCCUUCCAUGCUCUCUCACUCAUUGCAAUUGCACAAACCUACCCUUAACAGUGCCGCAUUUGCAAGAUAGUUCUCUCUGCGUAGAUCAGUUAUGAAGAUUUCGUGCUGGCUCUCACUGCUUUCGAUCUUUCUCUGCUUCUUCCCAUCUGGGUCUCUCUCAAUCGAUAAUAUUCACCAAGCAUUUCCUAUUAUAGAACCUGAUCCUGGUCAUACGAAACUUCGCCUUGCAAAGGAAGGGUUGGAGCUGAUUCAGAGAAUAAAGACUCCAAUUGCAGCUGUUGCGGUGAUUGGUCCAUAUCGCUCCGGCAAAUCUUUUCUGCUUAAUCAGCUUCUCUCCCUUUCAUGUUAUGAAGGUUUUGGUGUUGGGCAUAUGCGGGACACGAAAACUAAAGGGAUAUGGGUAUGGGGAACCCCACUAGAAGUAGAUAUUGAUGGAGUUAAAACAUCUGUCUUUUACCUCGAUACAGAAGGAUUUGAAAGUGUUGGGAAAUCAAACGUAUAUGAUGACCGGAUUUUUGCUCUGGCAACAGUAUUGAGUUCUGUGCUUAUCUAUAACCUGCCUGAGACGAUCCGUGAAGCAGACAUAUCUCGGUUGUCAUUUGCUGUUGAGCUUGCUGAAGAAUUCUAUGGAAGGUAUGCAAUUCUGACAUGGUCAUUGCACUCCUUGUUUACAUUUUUCUUGUUUCAUGUUUUUGUCUUCAACUAUCAUGUGGUGGACAGAGUGAAGGGACAAGAUGUUGCCUUUGAACCUGCAAAACUCUUGUGGCUUAUCCAGCGUGAUUUCCUACAGGGGAAAUCCGUGAAAGAAAUGGUAGAUCAAGCUCUUCAACAUGUCCCUAAUUAUGAUGGGAACAAGAAUGUUGACCAGGUUAACCAGAUCAGGGAUUCUUUGGCUAUCAUGGGCGAUAACAGCACAGCAUUUAGCUUACCACAACCUCAUCUCCAGCGUACAAAACUUUGUGACAUGAAGGAUGACGAUCUUGACCCAGGUUACGUGAAGAAGCGAGAGCAAUUGAAACAACUUGUUGCUUCUAUCAUCCGUCCAAAGAUUGUGCAGGGUAAACAUCUAAACGGGAAGGAGUUUGUAUCUUUUUUGGAGCAGAUUCUUGAAGCCUUGAAUAAAGGAGAAAUUCCAUCAACAGGCUCUCUUGUGGAGGUUUUCAAUAAGGGUAUUCUGGAGCGGUGUCUGAAACUAUACAGUGAUGGGAUGGCUAAAUUGGGUUUACCUCUCUCAGAGCAGUCUGUACAGAAAACCCAUGAUGACUCUAGAGAAGGAGCCAUGAAAGCUUUUGAGGAACAACAUUUUGGCCGUCACCAUGCGAAAAAAUCAGUUGAAAAAUUAGAGGAAGAAAUUAGAAAGGCAUAUAAGAACUACAUUUUGGCAAAUGAAUAUCAAUCUUCAAAGUUGUGUGAGGCACUGUAUACUAGAUGUGAGGACCAAAUGGACCAACUCCAAGUCCUCAGGCUUCCUUCCUUGGCAAAAUUUAAUGCAGGAUUCCUCCAAUGCAACCAAAGUUUUGAGAGGGAGUGUGUUGGACCUUCUAAGACGAUUUAUGAGCAUCGGAUGAUGAAGAUGAUGGGAAAGUCAAAAUCUCUGUUUAUCAAAGAAUACAACCACAGGCUCUUUAAUUGGUUGGUGGCCUUCUCCCUUGCCAUGGUGGUAGUGGGUCGAUUUAUCAUAAAGUUUAUUUUGGUUGAAAUUGGGGCGUGGAUACUUUUUAUCUUCUUAGAGACAUACACAAGGAUGUUUUGGUCACCAGAGGCUCUAUAUUACAACCCGGUUUGGCAUUUUAUUGUGGCGACCUGGGAAACAGUUGUUUACAGCCCUAUCCUUGAUUUGGACAGAUGGGCCAUUCCAGUUGGCGUGAUUGCAGCGGCAUUGUUGCUCUACUGGCGGUGUUGCGGGAAGAGGAAACAUGGGCCCAAUUGGAUUUUGCCUCUGUAUAACAAUCAGAAAGAUCGGCGGAGAUCAGAAUAGAUGAAUAUUGACGGCCUUAGGCAAUUGUUGUAGUCAUGCUCUUUGAUCUACUUCGGUGAGCUUUAUCUUUUAGCAACACAAAGCACACCAGGGCUAAAGGAUUUUUGGUUCUCAAUACUGUGAAGGAAGAAUUAGAUGGUUGGCAGCUCCACUACUGUUUGUAACUGUAGCGAUUCCGUGAUUUGUGUCAGUAUUAUCAUCUGUCAGUAUCAUCAUCUGUUACAUUAUUGGAUGUGUAUUACUUUAAAGUUUAUAUUAAUUGAAUCUUACAGUUAAUUGACAUUUUAUGUUGGCUCUUUCUUCACUUUGUGAUUAUCCGAGUAUAAUGGUUGAACAGGUGGUUGUUCCUCAGCUGGUUCGUGUUUGAUUGUUUAAUUGAGGUUUACUUCUGAACUCUGAACGGGUUAAGCGGGUUAAGCGUUUAUUCAAUUAAGUGUAUUUGAUAACACAAUUUAAAUAUAAUUGAAAACGUUAAGCAUCACUUAAAAUGAAGUAAUAUUUUAAGUGACCGAGACACCACUUGUCAUUGAAUGUUGAAAAUUUAAAAAAAUAUUUGUUUUUUAGUUAUCAAUACUUAAACUUGGCUCUUAAAAUUUUUAGUACUUAAUUUCAGUAUUAUCAAAUAACAUCAAAGUCAAAAUCAAAAGGUACUAUGAAUGUGAGACAAAAAAAAAAAAAAAAAAAAUAA